ACAAGAUUUCUUGCCUACCGAGCCACCUCUCUUUUCCCUCUCUGGAUGACAUAGAUUGCAGUCAUGUCAGGGAUCACGGUGAACAUGAUAACCCAUGGGAGCACACCACACCCAACCCACCAAACGUGACAUCUCGUGAGAUGUUUGGACGGAAAAACAACCUGGACAUACACCAGUACAUCUUUGUCAACCACUACUGUUACGAAAGAGCUGUGCAUUGGUAUGGUAAAUACUUCCCAUACCUGGUGGUCAUUCACACAAUCAUCUUCAUGGUGGCCAGUAGUUUUUGGUUCAAGUUCCCUGGCACUUCUUCCAAAAUAGAGCUUUUUGUCGCCAUCCUAGGCAAGUGCUUUGACUCCCCCUGGACCACAAGGGCCAUCAGUGAGGUAUCCGAGGAACGUGGGGAGGAGAAGAUGGUUAUCUGGAGGAGGAACACCAUGUCAAAAUUUGCCCCAGAGAGUCCAGUUGCCGAGGAGGAAACCAUUGGCUUGAUCCGCUCCUCCUCAGUUAAGUCAAAUCCGGAGAAGAAGGCUCCGGAACCCCAGUCAACAGAUUCUGUUCUGGAUAAGAAGGAAGGGGAGCAGGCCAAAGCUCUUUUUGAGAAGGUGAAAAAGUUUCGCACCCAUGUGGAGGAGGCCGACCUGCUCUACCUUAUGUAUGUGCUGCAGACCUCUCUCAAGGUGUUCAAAUUCCUCCUCAUUACCAGCUACAGUGUCGCUCUCGUGCCCAAUAUCGAGAUUGUAGUUCGGUGCUCUGUGCCAGAGGAGCUGACGGGCUAUGACAUCUUCUGCUGUAAUCACGUCAAAGCCCACCUCUUCUCCAAGCUGGCCUACUGCUACAUCUGCUUCGUCGGAGUGUACGGGCUUUUAUGCAUCUACACCCUGUAUUGGCUGUUCCAUCGGCCCCUGAAGGAGUAUUCGUUCGAGAGCGUGCGUCUGGAGACGGGCAUCAACGACAUUCCGGACGUUAAGAACGACUUUGCCUUUCUCCUCCACCUCAGCGACCAGUACGACGCCCUCUACUCCAAGCGUUUCGCCGUCUUCCUGUCCGAGGUCAGCGAGAGCCGCCUGAGGCAGAUCAACCUCAACCACGAGUGGACGGCCAAGAAGCUCCGCCAGCGGCUCUCCCGCAAUGCCAGCGACAGGCUGGAGCUGCACCUCUUCAUGCUGCCGGGGCUGCCGGACACCCUCUUCGAAAUAUCGGAGGUGGAGUCCCUCCGGCUGGAGCUCCUCAACGACGUCACCAUCCCGGCCGCCAUCUCCCAGCUCACCUCCCUCCAGGAGCUGUGCCUCAUCCACUGCCCCGCCAAGCUCCAGCUGGCCGCCCUGAGCAACCUGCGCGAGCGCCUCAAGGUGCUGCGGCUGAUCUUCGAGGGGCCGGAGCAGGUGCCCCUGUGGAUGUACACCCUGGAGGGGCUGGAGGAGCUGCACCUGACCGGCUCCCUGACGCACGAGCUCUCCCGCAGCGCCUCCCUCGACACCCUGCGCGAUCUCAAGAGCCUGCAGGUGCUGACGCUGCGCAGCCGGCUCUCCAAGAUCCCCCCCGCCGUGGCGGACGUGGGCGGCCAGCUGCAGCGGCUCUGCAUCUACAACGAGGGUGCCAAGCUGCAGGCCUUCAGCAGCCUGAAGAAGCUGGCCAACCUGACGGCCCUGGAGCUGGUGGGCUGCGAGCUGGAGCGCAUCCCCAGCGCCGUCUUCAGCCUGUCCAACCUGCAGGAGCUGGACAUGAAGGAGAACAAGCUGACGUCCGUGGAGGAGAUCCUCAGCCUGCAGCACUGCCGGCGGCUGGUCACGCUCCGGCUCUGGCACAACGCCCUCCUGUACGUCCCCGAGCACAUCAGCAAGCUGCGCUCCCUGGAGACCCUGGACCUGAGCUGGAACAAGAUCCGCAGCCUCCCCGCCAGGCUCUUCUUCUGCACCAAGCUGCGGCACCUGGACGUCUCGCACAACGCGCUCGUCUCCCUGCCGCCUGAGGUGGGCAUCCUGCAGAGCCUGCAGUACUUCUCGGCCGCCUUCAACUCGCUGGACUCGCUGCCCGAGGAGCUCUUCUCCUGCAAGCGCCUCAGGACGCUGCUGCUGGGGAGCAACUGCCUGGCCGCCCUGUCGCCGCGCGUCGCCAACCUGGCGCAGCUGGUGCGGCUGGAGCUGAAGGGCAACCGCCUGGAGUCGCUGCCCGCCGAAAUCGGGGAGUGCCGCUUGCUGAGGCUCAGCGGGAUGGUGGUGGAGGAGCACCUCCUGGACAGCCUGCCCUCCGACAUCAGGAAGUGCAUGAGCGACACCUGA